UGCUAGGAUACAGAGCACCACAGUGUGGCUCAGGAUCAAAUGUAGUGUAACAAGUAGUUCGUCGUGCCAGUUCGGUUCGUGUAAAAGUGGAACCGACACUUGCAUUGAGACAGAAAAUAACAAUAACAACAACAACAAACGUUUGGCGAUAAAUGGAGCACACAUUCAAGGUGACUGCAGCGUCUUGUAAACAUGUUGAUGGACGGAGCUAUCCCACCAAAUGUUUCCCAGCCCGGACUUCACUCCAUCGGACAAAAGAAGGUACUGGUCAUUGGCUUGCAGCUUACAGAAAGGCAGAGGGGCAGAAAUACAGGAAUAUGCAUCGAAGAAUAAAAGAAACGUGUAAAAACCGCGAGAGCGUCAGGGGUGCCAACACUCCAUAUGGUAACACGUUAGAUGGACCUUUCCUGCUCCGUUUGCAUCAUGUUGAUGAGCCAUUCGAGCUCUGCUCUGUUGACAUCAGUGAGCAGAAACUGAAUGCUGUCAAGUUAGAAGACCACAAGGCGUUUUACAAUGUAGCUUAUAUUGAUGCAUCUAUUAACUCCCUCUCUUUAGAUUCUUUCAGUUGUUUUGUGUCUUUAAGAGAACUCAAUCUGUCGUUAAACGGGCUGUGCAACAUGACCUUUGAAGCUGCUGACUUCCCUCAUCUCCAAGUUUUAGAUUUGUCCUACAACAGUUUGUCAUCUGAUGGUAUUCUGUCCAUCGGUCUACUUCCACAUCUGAAGGUCCUUCAUCUGACUGGAAAUCAGCUGUGUCAACUUCCUCCCAAACUGGGUUCUUCCAAUCGUGACGCCACUCAACUGCCGGCUGAAGAAGACACACAGUUUACAGCUCUUGAAGUCCUGCUGCUUGAUGAUAACAGACUGUCAUCUAAAGUCUUCAGCUGUCUGAGAAAUCUCAAGAGGCUGAAGUAUUUAAACCUACAGGGGAACCGCAUUUCUGAAGUACCAUAUUUGCGACUUAUGGCCAGUUCAGAGCCUUUACAGACUUCCACUGAAGAGCGAGCUGACGAGAAACGACUUGCCACCACUGAGCCAAAUCCUCACACUGAUGAAUGUUUCAAGAGCACCUCAGAGGAAAACAGAGACGAGCACUGCAAAAGAUCCAGCCUGCCACUGCCUGAGCUUCAGUUCCUCAACUUAGCUGAAAAUAAGUUCACAGAGGAAGAAGCUCUGAUGGCUGUCGCUCUUUUCCCAAAGCUACGAGAAAUUGAUAUUCACUCCAACCCUCUGACCACACGGAGAAGUGGCGACCCUCCCUUACUGACCCGUUACCUCCACGACAUUCUGGGGAUAACAAUAAAGCGUAAGAAGACAAGGGAAGAUGUCCAUCUCCCUCUGAAGGUGUCCACUGAUCCAAAGUGGAAGGUGGAGGAAAGCAUCCCAAAGGUGUCAGUGAUGUUGAUGGAUGCACCCUGUCCCACCCAGGCUGAGAAAAGUCGGCUGACUGCUGAGAGAACACCAGAAUCUGAAAGCAAGAAGAAAAGAGACGACACCCUCCAGGAAAACACAGAGCACUUCUUUGUCACUCAGGUUGCAGACUCUCCUGAAUAUGACUUUGGUUGUCAAGCUGAUAAGAAUCACGCUGCAGUGAGUGAGGACAGAAACGAGGACGACAUCUUUCCUGAAAACUUCACAUGCUUUGAAAUUUUGAUGGAUGCAAAACAAAAUCAUGAUGUCACUGGGAACAUUGGGAUUCAAACAGCUGUUCAGAUGCUGGAACGCAGACUGAGGAAUCUUAAUGUUUACAGAGACUCAGAACCAAAACUUGAUUGCAUCCAGACACCGUACAGAAAAAGACAGAAAAAGACUAGAAAACUUCCACCUUUGAGGCCAGCAAAGCAGCGAGGCGAAAGAGUUGAUGAAAUGAUCAAAGGAAUCAAAGAGAGCACGACGAUACAAGUCGUCCCCUUAUGCAGCGCCAUACACAGCACAGGAGUUACCAAGCAAGAUGCUCUAUCGCUGCUGAGGGAUAUGAAGGCAAAAUACAAGAUGGCCCAUAAGAAAACAAUGGAACAGGCAGCCAUCAUGGAGUCCGAUAGAAACAGCAACCAAAACUGAACUGAAACUAUACAGAUGCUCUGGUUGAUAUUAAAAAUGUUUGGCUGUUGGUGAGAUA